AUGUUGGAGGGCACCGCCGGUCGGGCCCACGAGUUGAAGGUGCAGGGCGCUGUCGAGGCGGCACAGGAGGGAGCUGUCGACCCGCAGCAGGCCGAGAAGACGCUGGCACAACACGCCCGUGCUGCCGGUGCCGCGACCUUCGAGUUCAAUCCUGAUGCCAGUCCAGAGGAGAAGGCGGCACAAGCGAAAGAGCGAGCGGGUCCACGACUGCAUAGAAAGCACAAGACUGCAGCUCUAGUCACUGAUGCUGACGAUGGCGAAGACGCCGGCUACGAUCUACCUCCUCCCAGCAAAGACGGCGUCAUCGCCAGCCCACCCACUACGAACGGAACCGCCAAUGGCAACAUUGUCAAGGAAGAAGAUGAGCACUUUGAAAAGGUGGGAUGGGCACCGAGAUUCGGCAACCCAGGCUUGAAGGAUGACGACGGCACAUUGGCAGACCACCAGACCUUCCUCGAGGGCAAGCUGGACGACAAGUUCUUCGGGGACUGGUACCACAAUGCCGCAGUCAUCAUCUUUGCCUGUUUGGCAUCAUGGACUGUGGCCGUUCUGGGAGGUGGUUUGGGCUGGAUCUUCAUCGUCAUGGCUGCGUGCGGAACAUACUACCGGACAUCGCUUCGCAGAGUAAGACGCAACUUUCGGGACGACAUUACCCGCGAACUCGCGAAGAACAGGCUCGAGACUGACACCGAAUCUCUCGAAUGGAUCAACAAUUUCAUGGAGAAGUUCUGGCCAAUCUACGCACCAGUCUUGUGCUCGACAAUUGUCAGCUCCGUCGACCAAGUCCUGAGCACCUCCACUCCCGCCUUCCUGGACAGCAUGCGAAUGAAGAUGUUCACCCUGGGUACGAAGCCUCCCAGACUGGAGCAUGUCAAGACUUACCCCAGAGCUGAAGACGAUCUUGUCAUCAUGGACUGGAAGUUCAGCUUCACGCCAAACGACACUUCAGACAUGACUGAGAAGCAGAAAGCCAACAAGAUCAAUCCAAAGAUUGUCCUGGAGAUUCGCGUGGGCAAGGCUAUGAUCUCCAAGGGUCUGGACGUCAUUGUCGAGGACAUGGCAUGCACGGGUAUCAUGCGUGUGAAGAUGAAGCUACAGCUUCCCUUCCCUCACAUUGACCGGGUCGAGAUUUGUUUCCUGGAGCGGCCACACAUCGACUACGUCUGCAAGCCGCUAGGAGGCGACACGCUCGGCUUCGACAUCAACUUUAUUCCUGGUCUCGAAAGCUUCAUUCAGGAGCAGAUUCACGCCAACCUUGGCCCCAUGAUGUACGCGCCGAAUGUCUUCCCCAUCGAGAUUGCCAAGAUGCUCGCAGGUAGCCCUGUCGACCAAGCGAUUGGAGUAUUGCAAAUUCACUUCCACGGCGCUCAAGGCCUGAAGAAUCCAGACAAGUUCUCAGGAACUCCAGAUCCAUAUGCGACUGUUUCGAUCAACAACCGCGAUGUGCUCGGCAAGACCAAGACUGUGCAUGAGAACGCCAACCCAAGAUGGACGGAGACUGUCAGCAUUAUCCUGACGAGCUUGCGCGAGCCAUUGACUAUUGGCAUCCACGACUACAACGAGUACCGCAAGGACAAAGAGCUUGGUGUGGCAACGUUCAAUCUCGAGCAGCUGGAAAAGAACCCCGAGUGGGAGAACCAACAGCUUGAAGUCUUGCUCAACGGCCGAGCGCGCGGUACUGUUUCCGCAGACAUUCGCUUCUUCCCAGUCCUGGAGGGCCACAAGCUGGAGGACGGCACUGUCGAGCCGCCACCGGAGAGCCUGACGGGUAUCGCCAAGUUCACUGUCGAACAGGCCAAAGAUCUCGACGGUUCCAAGUCCAUGGUUGGCCAGCUGAACCCAUAUGCCGUGCUCCUACUUAACGGGAAGGAAGUACAGAUCUCGCAGAAGCUCAAGCGAACCAACAACCCCAUCUGGCCGAAUGCAACCAAGGAGAUGCUCAUUACCGAUCGCAAGAAAGCGAAGCUCGGUCUAGUCAUCAAGGAUGAUCGGGAUAUCGCCCACGAUCCCGUGCUGGCGACAUACCAGAUCAAGCUGGACGACCUUCUCGAUCUCACUAACAAGGGACAGGAAUGGUUCAAUUUGGCAGGCACAAAGACUGGUCGUGCAAAGAUGUCUUUGCAGUGGAAGCCUGUGGCACUAAAGGGCUUCUCGGGCGGCAAUGGCUAUAUUGACCCUAUUGGUGUGAUGCGUUUCCACUUCAAGUCUGCCAAGGACCUCAAGAACCUGGACACCGUCGGCAAGUCUGAUCCCUACGCACGUGUGCUGCUUUCCGGCAUUCAGAAAGGUCGCACCGUCACCUUCAAGAACAACCUCAACCCCGACUGGGACGAGGUCUUCUAUGUGCCUGUACAUUCCACGCGUGAGAAGCUGACCGUGGAGGUCAUGGACGAGGAAAAUGUCGGCCGAGACCGCACGAUGGGUCAGAUGGAGAUUAUCGCCGCCGAAUACAUCAAACAAGACUCGAACGGAGAGUACCUGGUCCAUGAUACCAAGAACGAUACCAUUUCGUCCCUUCUGAGGAUUGGACGUGGUGCGCCAAAGGGUACUCUGAACUUCACCGUCGCCUUCUAUCCUACCCUGAACGUCAUCGAUCCAGAAGAAGAGGAGCGCGAAAAGGAGGAAGAGAAAGACAAGGUUCGGACAAGCGCUGAUAGCUCGCGAAAGAGCAUGGGCUCUCGCAAGAGCACUGAAGUCAAUGGAACCAAGACCGUUACUGAUACUCCACCUCGCCCUGUCCGAAGCGGCACAGUUGGUACAAUUAGCAGUCUCAAGUCAACUGGUGAAGGCGCUGAGAUGAGGCGAGCGCUCGAAGCUAAUGAGGGCGAGCAAGACGACGAAGUCAAGAAGGAGGUUCCCAAGAUCAGAAUCACGGCUGAUGAUCUGCAGCAAUAUGAAUCCGGUCUCGUCGUUUUCACCGUCCACGAAGGAGACUUGGCGUACACUGGAAGCUACUUGGAAGUGGUCAUGGACGACAUGAGAUAUGCUUCGUACACCAGCGCCAAGAUCCGCUCGCGCCAACAUUCCUUCAAUGAGACCGGUGAUGCGAUGGUUCGCGAGCUGGAUCUUUCUCGCAUGACUUUACGUCUGGUCACAGAGACGGACAAGAAGGGCACGGAGGAGAGUGACAUUAAAGCCAGGGUGACUGGCCCGACACUCGAAACACUUCGCAGAUGCUUGUACACACCUCAGGUCAUCAGCCUCAAGGACUCGCAAGGCCAUGAAAGCAAGGUCAAGGUGUCGAUGCGAUUCCUUCCUGUCAAAAUGGAGUUGGAUGCCAGCGAAUCCUUCAACAACCAAGGUACUCUCCGCGUAGAGGUGUUGGAUGCUUCAGACCUUCCAGCUGCGGACCGCAAUGGAUUCUCUGAUCCUUUCUGCCGAUUCGUCCUGAAUGGCGAGCAGGUGUACAAGACGUCGACUCAGAAGAAGACGUUGCACCCAGCAUGGAACGAGUUUUUCGAAGUGCCAGUUCGCAGCCGGACGGCCGCCAAGUUCGAUGUGAACGUCUACGACUGGGACUUUGGCGACAAGGCGGACUAUCUGGGAUCUGCAUCCAUCAGCCUCGACGUGCUGGAGCCUUUCCAGGCACAGGAAGUUGUUUUGAACUUGGAUGGCAAGAGUGGAUCCAUCAGAUUGAAGAUGCUCUUCAAGCCCGACUACAUUACCCGCUCGCGCCAGGGCUCUUCUACAUUCUCUGGCACGUUUGCUGCACCCGGAAAGAUCAUUGGUGCACCAGUCAAGGGCGUCGGAAAAGUUGGCAGUGCUGUCGGUGGUGGCCUAUUUAAGGGGGCUACAUUCGUCGGUCGUGGCUUCAAGCGACGAACACAGAACCCAGAUGAUGUCCCAGACGAAGCGACGGCUGAGCUACGUGCGACAAGCAUGGAGUCUGCGGACGCAAGCAGUCGACCAGGAACCGCAGCGAAUGGAUCAAUGCACGGCAACUCGAUUGAUGGACUGGCUGUCCCUAGCAGGGAAGGCGUGGCGACGCCUAGGACGCCUCACCAACGCCAGACCAGCUUUGGCCAGUAUUCGCAGAGCCCAGCGGUGGCUGGCGAAGUUGGCACCGCCACGAUAUCUGUGGUCAGUGUCUCUGGCUUCGAGGCAGACACCAAGCUGGAAGUGCACGUCCACCAGGAAAGCAAGCAUGGCCAUAAGGAAGUCUUCAAGACCAAGUCUGUGAAAGCCAAGACUGGCGAGGCGACGUACGCAGAGGAGUCGAAGAAGAUCCAGUGCAAUGCCGCGCAGCAGUUCAAGGUGGCCGUGAAGAAUGAUCGGUCUUUCGGCAGAGACGAGGACCUUGGAGAGGCACCAUUCUUCAUCAACGACCAAGCUCAAGGUGGCGAGCAACAGAUCCAGGUCGGACAGGGAAUCGUGGUCAUUCGAACUUCGUUCCAGCCUGCAGAAGCCGGCAGCAUGCUGUCGCCCGAGUCACCUGCUAGUGGCAAGCUCGGGCGAUUUAUGAGCCGGCGAGAACGCAGCGUGACGCCGUCUGGGAACUAG